AAAAUUGGCAACAAUUUUUUCGACAGAAAUGUGUAAACAAGCUUUAUCUUAUCGCGAAAAAACGUUGCUUAUUCAUUCAUAAAGUUUCCCGAUUGCACAUUUUAAAACGGUUCAGUCCGGGAAAUCCCAUUUUCCGUUCCUGUUGGCAGCGCAUCCUCCAUUGAAGUUCCCUAAGCUGGUGCAUCAGCUGAUUGCCAGCCAUGUUGUGAAUGGGAGAAAUAAGUUCGCCAAACAUUUUAAUGCCAAAUAAAAAUUAAUAUGCCGUUAGCAACUUCCAUUGAGCCAUGGCAAAUUCAACACGCCGAUACCGAGCUUUUGGAGUGUCCAGGUCCCUAAGAAUAGUGUCUUCCCAGUCUGGAGACGCCGAUGAAGCUGUCGGAGUGGAAGAGGCAGGUCCGACUGAAGGCGAGCACGAGAUCGAGCUUGGAGAGUUGGUGCGAAAUGGGCACGACAAGGCGGACCCGUCCCAGUUUGAGCUCCUCAAAGUGCUGGGCGAGGGCUCCUUCGGGAAGGUUUUCCUGGUGCGGAAGGUGGUGGGGGCCGACAACGGCCGCCUUUACGCCAUGAAGGUGCUCCGGAAGGCCACUCUAAAAGUGCGGGACCGCCACCGGACUAAAAUGGAGCGAAACAUACUCGUGGAUGUGGAACAUCCGUUCAUUGUGAAGCUUCAUUACGCGUUCCAGACCGCUGGAAAACUCUACCUUAUUUUGGAUUUUCUCAGGGGCGGGGAUCUGUUUUCCCGACUUAGUAAAGAAGUGAUGUUUACCGAGGAGGAUGUAAAAUUUUAUUUGGCGGAGCUGGCCUUGGCGUUAAAUCACCUGCAUACCAUUGGAAUUAUUUAUAGAGAUCUCAAGCCGGAAAACGUGCUGCUGGACGCUGACGGGCACAUUGCUCUCACCGACUUCGGGCUUUCAAAAUUACCUCUGGAGGAGGGCAAAGCGUACAGUUUUUGUGGAACGGUUGAGUAUAUGGCGCCUGAAGUUGUCAAUAGGAAGGGACAUUCUUUUGCGGCUGAUUGGUGGUCGUUUGGGGUACUAAUGUUUGAGAUGCUGACGGGAAGUCUGCCGUUUCAAGGUGCCAAUAGGAGAGAUACCAUGACACAAAUACUGAAAGCCAAACUGGGAAUGCCGGCCAAUCUUAGUUCGGAAGCACAAAGUUUACUGAGAGCUCUCUUCAAGCGGAACCCUGCUAAUAGGCUCGGCGCCGGCCCUGGAGGAGUAGAGGACUUGAAGAAGCACGAAUUCUUCGCGACGAUCGACUUUGACGCCCUUCUUGCCAAAAAAAUCCGCCCGCCUUUCCAGCCGGCGGUUUGUGGACCAGACGAUGCGUAUUUCGAUUCCGAAUUUACAAGCAAAACACCGAGGGAUUCCCCCGGUGUGCCUGCAAGUGCCAAUGCUCACGAGCUUUUCAGAGGGUUUAGUUUUGUGGCGCCGUGUUUACUAGAAAACGGCAAUGUGUCAAAAAAAUCCGAAACUCCCUUGAAAAUUAUGAGAACCAUGGAGCGAAAUUUUAACGAUGAUUACCUCCUUAUGGAUACUCUAGGCACCGGAAGUUACAGUAUUUGCAAGUUGGCGCGACAUAAGGCAACAGGACAACAGUUCGCAGUUAAGAUAAUAAAAAAAUCGUUGUGUGAUUGUCGUGAAGAAAUUGAAAUUUUGAUGAGAUAUGGCCACCAUCCUGGAAUUGUAACCAUGAAGAGUGUUUACGAAGAAGCGGGGAAAAUAUACAUGGUGUUACAAUUACUGCGAGGAGGCGAUUUAUUGGAUUACAUGAUUGCCAAAAAACACUUAGCAGAACAGGAAGCCGCCGCAAUUUUAAAAACAUUAGCCACAACCGUAGCGUACUUGCACGAAAAUGGAGUAGUCCAUAGAGACUUAAAACCAGCAAACAUUUUAUUCGCUAGUGAAGAGCGUACUCCUGAUAGUGUUACAAUCUGUGAUAUGGGAUUUGCCAAACAGUUGCGGGCCGACAACGGCCUCUUGAUGACUCCGUGUUACACAGCAAAUUUCGUUGCACCAGAAGUGUUGAAACGCCAGGGCUACGACGCCGCUUGCGACAUCUGGUCUCUGGGCGUCAUCCUCUACAUAAUGUUGUCAGGCCGCUGCCCCUUCAGCACUGCCCCCAGCGACAGCCCCCACCGCAUCCUCCAGCGAAUCAGCUCAGGAAAACUCGAUCUACAUAACGGCCACUGGAGCGGGGUCUCACAAGAAGCCAAAAUGCUCGUCACUGAUAUGCUGCACAUCGCACCACAGCGGCGCCCCACGGCGGCACAGCUCGUGAAACACCCGUGGUUGGCCGCGGCGGCGCCCUCUUUGUACCAGGUACAAGCAAACACCAGUCAGGUCUCUACACCAGAACAGGACGCGCAUUUGAAGGAGACUGUGGCUGCGACCUUUAGGGCCAUAGCGACGUCGCCCCAGGUGGCCCACUUGGGGCCCGUGGCUAUGUCCGAGCUGGCCAGGAGGAGGUUCAGGGAUAAGGCACUGAGCAGAGUUCAGCAGAAUUCAUAAUGUACGGUCAAUUACUAAAUUACUUGUGAUUUGAAUGUGUGCAAUUGGGCCGCCUACGAUUUUAUGUAUUACAAACAGUUUAAGUUUCAAUAUUAUCACAUAUUUAUUCUUGUUUGAUUGGCGGACGCUGGCUGGAAUUGCUUUAUUCAGAAAGUACAAUUUAUUUUUAGUUAGUUUUAUUACAAGGCAACCAUUUUUAUAAUGUGUAAAAAGUGGCAAACAAUACAUGGCGUACAGCUGAAACGUCAAUUUUAUAUUAUUAUGUAUAUAGAGGAUAUAGUGAAAGAGUAAGAUUUAAUGCCAUAUUGUUCGUUCCUCGAGGUGUAUUGUUUACGUGAAUAUUGCAUAUCAGUGUUGAAAACUUUUGUACGAGGGUACAUUAUCCAGUAGCGUUUAAGUUGAGCAUUUAAUUUUUUAUACUAGAGUAUUAACGUGUUAUUCAGCAUGAAAACAAUUGGGAUGGACACAACUUUUAACCAAAGACUGCUGUAGCUGAAUGACAGAUUUUACAGGUACGUAUUCGUGAAAAAUAGACAUGUUUGUAGUUUGUGAGCAAAAUAUGCUUUAAAUGUCGCUUGUAAUCGUUUAUAGGAAUUGGCGAACUAAUUUCAAGCUUACUAACUUACUUCUCCUCGCUAUAGACCAGACUGUGAGCUUAUUAAUGUACAAACAAUUACGAUAUUGGUGCACCUCAAUUAAGUAGAACGCUUGAUUCAUUUGCAGCUCGUUCAUUGCAGUAUUACAACUCAUCGUAAUUCUAAGGACAUCACAAUGCCAUUUCUGCCGACACACUACCUAAAACAAUCAGCCAUAGUCGUACUUUUAAACCGAAAGAAAUGGCAUAUCUAGAAACUUUCAAGGUUUUUUCCGUAGCUAAAAGGGACAGCGCGCCCUUCUGUUAACCACUCAAAUGACCCUGUUCAGUCCCCAGUAAUUUUCAGGCGUAAAAUCGAUAGAUUUUUGUUAACAUUAAAAUCAUUGUGGACUGAACGCAGUUAUUGAAGUUGUAAUAGAAACGUUGAUUAGCUAGUGAUUUAUUUAUAACUUUUUUAAAAAUGUGUGUAUCUUAAUCGUGAUAAAAAUAGGUGAAUAUGUACAUUGCUGCGGCCUAUUUCUUGAUAUUGUAACUAUUUUAAGACCUUGAUGUUAAUGUUGAAAAUGGUGAGUACCUCAAUAUAUUUCCUUACUGAAUUUAUUUUAUUAUCAGUAUCACUUGUACGAAUAAUAAAGUUUUUAAAACGUU